AUGAUGGGGAGCUGCGAAGCGGCAAACAAAGUUUCUUUGAGGUUUUGGGCAAAUGGAUUGAUUACGUUCCUUGAUGGAGCUAGACGGGAAAUGAUGGAGAGGGAGGCGACGUCUAAAAUUGGUGAAUGCGGCAGUGUGGUGGGUUCAAGAUUGAAGGGAUGCGGUGAAACACCGCCGACAAUGACAUCGAGUGAACAACAGUCAGCUUUGUUCGGAGGCAACGGAGUCGCGGUGGCUUUUGGGAGUUUCGAAUCUCCGAAUAAAUGGAUCUGCUGA